AACUACCUUACCUCACAGGCUCACAUAUCUGACUUUCCAGCUGAGCUUACUCUCCCCUGCUUUUUUGUUAGAAACUACGGAUACUUUCUGUCAAAUAACUUAUCGUCGAGGGCUGUUGCGACUAUAACGGCCACUUGCUGGACUCAUAGUCUUCCAAGCAGCUCAUCUUACAAGCGCAACCCAUCAUGGCGCCCACCGAAGCCGCCAUCCUGCACAACUACCUGACUGUCCCGGCGCAGCUGCCCUCAGCCAUCACGCUCGAAGAAUUCACCGAGCUGUUCCCUAAACCGCAUCGCGCAAACCCGCAAAUCCGCUCCUUGUACCGUGAUCUGCAACACCAAAGGAGGGCACUCGUUGACACGGUCACGGAAAACGUUGAGAACGAGGAGAAGAACGGGAGGAUCAUCAAGCGCGAGAUUGCGCGUGCCCAGAAACGUGCGAAAACCGAGGAUGCCGAUCAGGAGCUUGAGAUUGAGAGAGCGCUAUUUGGCGCGGCUGGGGCGCAAGAUCCCAAACACACAAUUAACUCCAUCGUCCCAGAGAUGGACACGGCGAUAGCGGAUCUCGAAGCAGAGAUUCAGGAGCUAGAGGCUCAGGAAGAAAAACUCACCGAGUCGAUCAAACAGACAGUCGGCAGCAUGAGCGAUCUCCGCUACGGACGCCUCGCCAACCCCAAGCUCGGAGAGGACGUCAUUCAAGGUCUCAAGAGUGUCCAAGAUGCAUGCGACGGGAAAAGUUGA